AAAGGACUAUAUAUACAAGCGUCUACUAUGUAAAACAACAACAAACAAGCGAUUUACAUCCUAGCUCAAAGCGCUGAAAUAUUUGAAUUGAAUUUGAAAAUGUUCGGCCUUCUUAUGCUGGUGCUGGUCCCUGCAGUGUUCGGGCACGGUUACAUCCAGGAGCCCCCCUCCCGCUCCAGCAUGUGGAGGUUUGGGUUCAAUACACCCCAUAAUUAUAACGACAACCAACUCUUCUGUGGGGGAUUUGACAGGCAAUGGAACAAAAAUGGUGGGAAAUGCGGAAUAUGUGGUGAUCCCUGGGAUGGAGUACGCGAAAACGAGGCUGGUGGACGUUAUGCAACAGGAAGAAUAAGCAGACGAUACACAGAGGGUCAAAUAAUUGAUGUUAAAGUUAAAAUCACUGCCUCCCACAAGGGUUAUUUCGAAUUCCGUUUAUGUCCGAACAACAAUGUUCAUAAACCCGCCACACAGGCCUGUCUAGACCAAUACGUUCUCCAUCAGCCGUCGGGGAGUGUUCGAUUUAUGGAACAGGGACGUCCUCAGGUCUACUCACUAAAACUGAAACUUCCCACCGGACUGACGUGUUCACAGUGUGUUCUACAGUGGAAAUACAACACUGGCAACAGUUAUGGCGUGUCCCCAGACGGACGAACCUGUAAAGGAUGUGGCAAACAGGAACAGUUCUACGGCUGCGCAGACAUAGCCAUCGACCACUCAGCUAUUGGAUCUCAUCAGGCCGGAAGCGUGACAACCCGUCCUCAACUCCCCCAAGUUCACGUCGGAGGCAGUUCAGGGACUUGUACCGCUACUCCAGCGUUUAGAAUGAUCAACCAACUGGCCGCUGAUAGUUGGUGUAUAUCUAACUGUCGUCGGGGUAACUGUCCUUCUGCCUACUGCAGCUGGACAUGCCAAUAUCUGCAUAUAUCCGGGUAAUUUUCGUAUCCUAGAUUUAUUUCAGAUACUACUCACGUAUCAGUAUUGAAUAUAACGAUUCUAGUCUUUCAUAAUACGUUACAAUCGAUGCUAUUCUUUUUUGAAAAUUAUGUUCUAGCACAUCAUUCUACAUUUAAGUGGCUUUCUUAUAUAUUUGUCGUUGUACCAUUAUUUUGACACUUAAUAUGAAUAGAUACCAUGGGCAGCAGGCAAUGCAAUUAAAUAGUAUUACGUGGGUAGACGUGUAGCACACCAAAAUAUUUGUGAUCAGUUUUUUUAAAUUUUAUUUAUAUAUGUAUCCAUGCCAUUUUGAUGAUUUUAUUUGUAUACGAUUUUUUAUACACUUUAGUUUUAUAAAUAAAACAUUACGUGAAACUUGU